UCAGUCUUUCUUGAAAAUAUCAAAGUUUUGAGUCAGACAAACAGUGCAGGUAUUCAGCUUGUGAUUUCCAUUAUCUGUAGUUUGCAAUGUGAAAAGUAGCAGUUCAAAUUUUAAGAGAUCAGCAACUAUGUCUGUAACCACAUGGGACAGUGGUAUAACGGUCUAUAGUGUGGUAAAGGAACAAGCUUUCUUAAUUAUGUUGAAUAAUUUUACAGUAUGCGUUUGUCAAACAGCACCAAAAUAAUGCAAUCAUUAUAUACACCUUUUUUAUUUGCAAUACAAUGAAAACAUAUGCCAUGCAUGAGCUUCCAUGUGAAACUCCAUUAAACACACUGAAGGCUGAAUUAGAGAUACUAUUAUAUAUUCAUUAAUAUUUCAGGUUUGUUUUUAUUUUUUGUAUUUUCUGUUUUCUUUGGUUAUUUUAGUACAUCAAGUUACACUAAAUGAAAAUGAGAAAUGUUUUUUAAAAUUGUUUUAGUUUUAGUUCUAGUUAAAUAUAAUAACCCUGAAAGGGAGGAGUUGUGAAAAAGAAUACAGCAACAGACUUAAGACAAACUAAAUGUUACGAGGAAACGAAGACAAGAGGGGAAGGAUUGCAGAGUAUAGCAGGAAUGGAGUCUUUCAACUUUUUAUUGGUGACUCUCCUCUUUGGAAGUGGAAGCUUCUUAACAAUGGAGAGAGAUGAAGCUGCUGGACAUACAAAUCUAUCAUCAGGCUGUGUUCUGCCUAAAGCAUGUCCAAUGACUGGCUAUGAGGACUGGUACAAAGUGGGGUCACGCUGUGUCAAAUACUUCGGCAGCCCUCUCAACUUCACUACCGCUGAGUUCAGCUGCAGAAACAAAGCCCCUGGUGGACACCUGGUGUCAGUGCAUAACUCAAAGGCUAAUGGUGAUCUGCUCUGCAUUGUGAUCAAGUUAAACCCACACAACCUGCGCAUCUGGAUCGGAGGCUUUGAGUUUUUUCAGUCUGGUAGAUUCAUCUGGACUGAUGGUUCCUCCUGGAACUAUCAAAUGUGGACACCUGGUGAGCCCAAACACGUCUUCAGCUACAAAGAAGACUGUGUGGAAAUGAACUGGAAUCAUGUUGGCAAAUGGAAUGACGACGCUUGUUAUGUGAAAAAAAACUUCAUGUGUGGCUUCAAAGUGAUGACGGCUUUGACUCAGACUUUGGGCCUAGACUGAACUUUUUUUAUCAGGUUAUCAUUACAUGAAACCUUCAGCGUAAAACUUUGUUUAAAAUUGUGAAAAUGCAAUGUGUUUCCAAAUUAAUUAAUUAAAAAAUAAUAAUAAUAAUGAGUUGCUUUUGUAUUGCACUGACUAGAGCGGUAGAGACUCCAAUAAUAUAAUUACAUUUCUGUCAUGACAACUUUAGGAGGGAUCGGCAUUGGUACUGUGCAUGACAAUGUUAAUGUGUUUGGUCUUGGCAGAAUAGAUCUGCUACCCUGCUGCUGCGGCAGAGCAAGUACCGAUACUUGCUACUGUCAAUACAUCCACAACAUGCUGCUGUGAGCAUGUAAGAAAUACUGCUGCUGCAUAUAACAUAUAUGAAAUAACCUCCAUAGCAUACAUGAUCACCUCGUAGCAGAUCUAUACAGGUGGAGCUGGGGAAGGGGGAGGGUUUCUAUAAUUUACAAGUAAUAGGCUAUUUUCUGACCUGUUUUUAACCCCCCUCAUCAGAACGCACUGUUUGAAUAGGCACGGCUGAUUGUAGACUCAGAAGUAAAUGCCCGUAUGAUUGAC